AUGAGCGCUGUGUUCCGCGUUUGCGUCUCUGUCGAUCCGAUUUUAUCAAAUGAGCUUACAUUUGAAUUGCCUGAUAAUGCGAAAGAAUGUUUUCAUGAAAAAUUAAAAAUCGGAUCAAAAUUCGUCCUGGAAUUUCAAGUUGUUACUGGCGGUAAUUACGAUGUUGAUCUUGUCUUGCGUUCACCAUCAGGAAAAGUCUUAUAUCAAGAUACAAAAAAACAAUAUGAUAAUAUUGAACAAACAGCCGGAGAAGAUGGCGUAUACGAAUUUUGUUUUAGUAAUGAAUUUUCAACGUUUACUCAUAAAGUUAUUUAUAUUGAUUGGCAAGUUGAUGGAGAUCUAGAACAUGAAAUAGUGGGACCCAAUCCACGUGUUGCUGAGGGCGCGUUAACAAUGAUUGAAUCAAAAGUUCAAAAUAUUCAUGAAGGUCUUAAAUCUGUCAUUGAUUACCAGACUCAUCAUCGAUUACGAGAAGCAACGGGACGAGCACGAGCCGAAGAUCUUAAAGAACGUGUACAAAUAUGGUCUAUAGGUCAAUUUAUAUUAAUAAUAAUUGUUGGUGGAUUUAAUGCACUAAUGGAUGGUUCACUCAUUGAUUCUCAUCAUCGUGUAUCAUUGUCUAUAUUACCAAAUAUUUCUCCUGAUAUAAAUAGCGAUCAUGGAUCGCGUUUAUCAAGUGCAAACACAUCGGCGGAAGGAUGUGUUGAUAAUAAUCAAAAUGGAGUAAAAUUUAAAAAUAACAACGACAAUAGUGCAUCAAACAACGAAAUGGCGAAAUCGUCACAAUUUUUCACUUGGCGUCGUGGUAGUAUCUCCGGUAGUAUUGCCGGUAUUAUUUUGGGAAAAAUAUCAGAUAUUACAAAAAAAGUGAAAUUAUUAAUAUUAAUAACAAAUGUAUUUGAAAUAGUUGGAAAUAUUCUAUAUUUUCUUACGAAUAAAAUCUCGAUUGUUCUCUUGGGACGAUUAAUUGCCGGAGUGGGAAUGGGAGCUGUUCCUCCUAUUCUUGCAGAUAUUGCCCAUCGAACAACAGAAGUAGAUAGAACAAAAGCAAUUUCAAUUAUUCUUGGAUGUCGACAAUUAGGAUUGCUUGUGGGACCAUGUUUCACAUUGGUUAUUCGAUCAAUGAAUUUUAAUAUAGGUUCAGUCAAUGUAAAUCGCUAUAAUGGUCCUGGAUUUUUGAUGGCCGUCGUAUGGUUUUUCUUACAAAUUAUUUGUUGGUCUUGUUUUUACGAUCGUCAACCGGAAACCACCAGUGGACCAUCGUCGAAUGGUCUUAAAAAUAAUGAUUUACCCAAACAUAAAUAUUAUCGUUCUGGUGAAGAAGAUCAAAAACAAAUACAAACAGAAGAGUUACAACAACAACAACAAAAACAAAAACGACAAUCAUUAUCGUGCAAAAUUUAUUGUCAGCAAUAUUUUCGUGCUGAAAUGUUAGUAUUAUUUUUAGCCACAUUUAUUACGUAUUUUAAUCAGACAGCUCUUGAAACGAUCGUCGCAGCAUUUACAGAAAAACAAUUUCAUUGGAACCAAGUUCAUAUCUCGAUAUUAUUUGCAUUUGCUGGUCUAGAAAUAAUUGUUGUUUAUUUGUGUCUGGUUAAAAUAUUUAGUAAACGUUUUGAAGAUCGUAUGUUAUUAAUAUUCGGUUUUAUAUCAUUAACUUUUGCUUGCGCAUUAGGAGCAUUUUUUACAUGGACUAUUAAUAAAUCAGGCCACAGUAACAGUUUAUUAGCAAUGUUUAUUAUAUUUGUUUUUUUUGAUCUAUUGGGUUUACCGUUUAUAGCGGCAACAAGUGUAUCGUUAUUUACAAAAUUAACGAUUAAAGAAUUACAAGGCUUCUCACAAGGUGUUCAACGAUUAGUAAUGGGCGUUGGUACAAUCAUUGGACCAUUGUUUGCAUCAGUAUUGUUAAAUCGUUUGCAUAUUAUGAUGACAAUAUUAUUAUGCAUGACAGUUUUAACGUUAAUAUUCAUUUUUCUUGUCCUACGUCGAUUAAUACCAAUGACAAAUAAUGUUGAAAAACAUAUAAAUAAUAGCAAUAAUUUAGUGGAAGAAAAUGGACAACAAAUAGCAUUUCCUUUAUCCAAUAACAAUAAUAAUUGUUAUGUGACAUUAUCUCGAGAUGAUAAUGGUCAUGAUGAAGAAAAUUGUAAAUUAUUGAACAAUAGUUCAACAUUAUUAUCAACAAGUAUUUCAGAUUCUAUUGAACGAGAAAAAAAGUCAAAUGAAAUUAAUGAAGAAUGUAGAACUAGAUCACCAACUAUUUCUCAUAGUAAUGUUGGCUCGUCAAAAUUUGAUACGAGUUCAACAAAUUAUAUUUGUCAAUUGUCAGAUGAAUUAGUAAAUUCUAAUGGAAGUGAUUCUGUUGAACGUAGUUAA